CCAACCUAUAGUAGCUUCAAAUAGCGACGCAAAUCGCCGCCAUGGGCUGCCAAACGAGCCGUGAGAACGACCUGGAAGUCACCUCGGUGUCCUGGAACGACGGCUCGAAUUGGCAACGCGAGGUGUCGGUGGGCUUCUCAGAACCGCGCGACAGCUUCCACUCCAUGGAGGUCUUGGAGAUGGACUUUGGGGACUCGCACUCCCAUCCACCGGUCCGGACGACCCAUGAGCGCCACGUGGCGAAGGUGAAGAAAUUCCUCACGGCGGAGGCGACCGCAGAGGCCAACUCCUCCAAGCUGCUCCAGCGCGUCCUGCGGAAGCGCUCCAGAGACGAUCCGCACCGAGCGAUCGGCUUGCGCACGCCUGAGCCUACCUGGAAGGAUCGGAGACCAAAGCAGCUGGGCGGCACUCUACCGGCGGUGAUUUCGGUGGAGCUCUGAGUUCAGGCGCGGCGCGCGCGUCCAAGCAAUGCGGGCGAUGUGGAACACACAUCGCUGGCGCCGAGAUGCGGUGCUUUUCGUGGCAGGUGUUUUAAGACUUGCCCAGACGCGACCCUGGACUCGAACCUACGCAGAGGAGCUGCUAGCAACCCAUCUGUCGCACUGGGGGACCCUUCGGGACGACGACCUGAACGCCUGCCAAAACCGUGCCAAGAUGUGCGUGCAUGUGUGCGUGUGUGUUUGGAUGAGCACACCACAUGAAGACACGAUUUUCCUGGGACUCCC